AGUUACAGAACACGACUCAGCCGACACUCUAAACAUUAAGCUUGAAAGUUAACCUUGUGUUUGUUGGAUUUGUAGCCGUUUUGUUCAGGUCAUUGUAAGUGGAAUCAACCCAGUAGACCUGAUAAUUUCGUCGCCGGAGUUGAUCAUCACAAACUGCUCUUCAGUGAAGCUGAUAUCAAUGCACAGUACUGCAGAAUACGUGAUCAUAAAUCACCAAGAUGUGUCCUUCCUUUGGAAAAUCGAGAGUGAAGAAGGUUCACCCUCGCAGUUGGAUUGCGAGUUUCGGACUUCGUUUUCACCCAAACAUGUUACGCCGCAGGAUGAUUCACUUCACUCAUCUAAGAAGAGUAAUUACCUGUACGACUUUAGUGUGGUCAAUACUCAGACAUUAUACACCAUAAGUUCAAGAGUAGAGCCCUCGGGUGAAUCGAGGGAACUGUACGCGGGCUCAGCUUGUAAGUGGCAUAUUACCUUCACAAGUUUAUCAGAAAAAGGAACUCCUGACACUUCACAACUGUUAUACGACGUCGACUCUGAUACAAACACGUGGGCUGUCAGUGGACGGAAAAGCGGUGUCGUGAAGAUACCACAGGGUGUCAUGGCAACAAGUGACGUUGUACUUGAUGUGAUUCCGCAAACUGGCGGGAAACUAGCAAUGCCGGGAAUAAAACUGAUGAAGUACGUCGAAAAGGACGAGAAAUCACCAGAACCGCACACCAAGGAGGACGAGGGCGCAGAAGUGAACGCGUCCGAGUCGCGGUCAAGUCACCAGUCCCCUCUGGUUUUACCGUUUGCUUGCGGUCAGGUUUAUAACAAGACUAUGGCAGUCCGUGUGUGCGUUUUGCCGAGCGCUAACCCUGAUCUUGCCUGGAUAUGAGAUUAAAUUAUUCCUCUGAAGAAAUUUAUUGACAUUCGAGAAGGUUCAACGGGGACACAGACAUUGAAAAACAAAACACGGAAAGUUAAGUAGUGCGGUUACACAGUUUACGAGUCAUUGUGAACUUGUUGUUCUUGCGGAAAUCACGACAUUUGAAGAGUUAUCGUACUUAACGAAACUUCACCAGAUUAAAUUAUUUUUAAAAAACCCGAAAUCAAGCCCUGGUAUGAAGUUUUGGUUGGCGCGCCGUCUGUGGGACCAAGAGUAGUGGAAUGCGUGCGUUUAAUCGCACUAUUGGCAGGUGUUCCCAGAGCUUAAUAUUUCAUACUGAACUUCAAUACAAAUCGAUAUGAAAUAUAAAUAACCAAAUAAAAUAUUCUGAUCAGAUAAUAAAGCUUGAAAUGUCUCA